CUGGCCUGACUAGCAGAUCGGAUCCGGGUGGGUAUAUGAAGUGAGUUCUGACUAGCAGAUCGGAUUGGAGUGAGUAUACGAAGUGAGUUCUGAGUGUGAGGACUGGAAUGUAAAGACGCCUGGCUGGAGGGAGAGGAGGGCGGGGGACCGAGCAGAAGGAGGCAUUCGGGACUGGGGAAGUGCUGGGUGGUGGUGGGGGUUAGCGUGGGAGGAAGGGAGACUGGCUGUCUGAGCGACACAGAGGGAUAAAGAAAGGGAGGUGAGAAGGAAAGGGGAACUGGAAGGGAAGGCCAGUGGGAGGAAGCCGAGAGAAGGAGGCUGAAAAAAAAAUAGAAAGAAAGAAAAGCAGAGACUGUAGAAGGCAGGAGAGAGGCAGAGAAGAAAAUGGGGGUUGAGGGUCACAGAGUGACCCCGUAGGAUGGGGUUUCUGGAACCCAGAGACUUCUGAGGUCGGAGACUGAUUACUCCCCGGGAGAGUCCGGCUCCAGUGGCCAGUUUGGCAGGGACAAAGUGAAAUGGACAGUGUGAGACAGAUAUCGCAGCCAUCUCUCCAGCACCCAGAGAUUUGGAAUCCGCUCUCAGGCCAAGUACAGUUUCCUAGCUGGAGCUUCAGAGCGCUCAGAACCCGCGGGAGCCAAGCCGGAGAGCGCCGGUGAGCUGCUCCUCCCAGAUGCCUUCGCCAGAGCAGUAAGAACUUCCCGCUCCCGUCCCUGGAUCCCCUCCCUCUGAAACUCCUCAGAAAAGGAGGAAGACCCUAGGGGGAGGGGCAAGGGAGAUCCCCUUGCAGCUUUCCCCCCACCUCCCUUCCCCCAUCCCACGGGGCGCGCAGGCAGGCAUGGAUACGCUCAGUGUUGGCCAGGGCAACAACACCACGUCGUCCCGGGAGCCCUUCGGGACCCGCGGCAACGAUACGGGCAUCUCCGACGUGACCUUCAGCUACCAAGUCAUCACCUCUCUGCUGCUGGGCACCCUCAUUUUCUGCGCGGUGCUCGGCAAUGCCUGCGUGGUCGCUGCCAUCGCCCUGGAGCGCUCCCUCCAGAACGUGGCCAACUAUCUCAUCGGCUCCCUGGCGGUCACCGACCUCAUGGUGUCAGUGCUGGUGCUGCCCAUGGCUGCUCUGUACCAGGUGCUCAACAAGUGGACCCUGGGCCAGGUCACCUGCGACCUGUUUAUCGCCCUGGAUGUGCUGUGCUGCACCUCAUCCAUCCUGCACCUGUGCGCGAUCGCGCUAGACAGGUACUGGGCGAUCACCGACCCCAUAGACUACGUGAACAAGAGGACGCCCCGGCGUGCCGCUGCGCUGAUCUCACUCACUUGGCUCAUUGGCUUUCUCAUCUCCAUCCCGCCCAUGCUGGGCUGGCGCACCCCGGAAGACCGCUCGGACCCCGACGCGUGCACCAUCAGCAAGGACCAUGGCUACACCAUCUACUCCACUUUCGGCGCUUUCUAUAUCCCGCUGUUGCUCAUGCUGGUUCUCUACGGGCGCAUCUUCAGGGCCGCGCGCUUCCGGAUCCGCAAGACCGUCAAGAAGGUGGAAAAGAAGGGAGCAGGCACCAGCCUGGGAACGUCGUCGGCUCCGCCCCCCAAGAAGAGUCUGAACGGACAGCCAGGUAGUGGGGACUGGAGGCGCGGUGCUGAAAACAGGGCAGCGGGGGCUCCGUGCGCUAACGGCGCGGUGAGGCAGGGUGACGAGGACGCCACCCUGGAGGUGAUCGAGGUGCACCGAGUGGGCAACUCCAAAGAGCACUUGCCUCUGCCCAGCGAGUCGGGGGCUCCCUCCUAUGCCUCCGCCUGCCUAGAGAGAAAAAAUGAGCGCAACGCUGAGGCAAAGCGCAAAAUGGCCCUGGCCCGCGAGAGGAAGACAGUGAAGACGUUGGGCAUCAUCAUGGGCACCUUCAUCCUCUGCUGGCUGCCGUUUUUUAUCGUGGCCCUGGUCCUGCCUUUCUGCGAGAGCAGCUGCCACAUGCCUGCCUUGUUGGGUGCCAUAAUUAAUUGGCUGGGCUACUCCAACUCUCUUCUCAACCCCGUUAUUUAUGCUUACUUCAACAAGGACUUUCAAAACGCGUUUAAGAAGAUCAUUAAGUGCAAGUUCUGCCGCCGAUGAUGAUGAUGGUGGUGGUGGUGGUGGUGAUGGUAAUAGUGGUGGUGAUGGAAAAGGAGGAAGAGGAGGCUGAAGAGUAUAGGGGUUCCAGGACCCUCCCCAUUCACUCAGUACCCCCUCCUUGGAAGAAACACCUAAGAGAACUUGCUUUUCCUAGGACACGCAGCUUCUUGGCCCAUGGCUUUCAGAUAAUGCUUUUCCCCUCUUUAUUCUAUUUCAAGGGGACAGUGCUCUUUGCAGAAAUCAUAGAGAACCCCUAGAGUCUGUGUGAAAAGUUACUGGCUCCGUCUUUGACCCUAGGAUCAGUUUUUAUAGUUGCAAUAACCUCUUCCCUAUUCGAAAUCCCAAUUCUUCACGAUGGAAGAUUAAAUCUCAGUGAUUCAAGGCAGAAAAUGUAAGCUGUAUGGCAUCUGUCACUCAAAUUAGAACUGUCAGCUUUUGCCCUAGUCUGGAGGUUCAAGACUGCUCUGUCCUUCUCCGCUCUCUCUUUAAUUGGGUGUCAGUCUUCUCUGUUGAGUCUGAUCUCCAUUCACUCAUUGCUGGUCCGGAAAAGCAGUUGGACUACUUUGGCCUAAGGCACCCUGGAAAUCCCUGCCUUGUAGGGUAGCAAAAUACCCUUCUUCCCCGGUGCACAAUGCCCACGUUCUGUGUUUUUUUGAACUCAAAAUCAAGUGGCAAAAGUGUCUGUUGGAGUGGAGUGGGCCUGGCCCAUGGGGAAGAGCCAGGAAGGCCUGUAGCUGGUUUCCUGUCGUGGUGUCAGCACUCACCAAAGAAAUUGACAAUCAGACUAUUCGGAAGGCAGACUUUCAUCCCUCUAGUUUGUUGGCCUUUCUGUACGUUCUGGCAAAGCCAGGUGUCUGCUGCGGGAGGCGCCCACUGCUGGCCAGGGAGGGCGCGCUGGGGACGCUGAGAUGCACAGGACGGCGCGCCCCACACUAGGCUUGGUUCUUAGCGGCAGGCUCCUCCGCUAAAGCCUCUUGGCGCCUCGGGUUUGCAGCGCUCAGGUUCCUCUGCCUCACCUCGCCAACAGCGUCCCGGAACUGACCAAGAAGUUGAGAGUUUGUACAAGAGAAGAGAGAGCCAGAAACCUCUAAGGAAGUGUGGGUGUGGGGCAUACAGGGGAGGCAAAGAGCAAAAAAUGCUCCUAAGUGCUUCCAACUCCAGAGGCGUGUCCUGGGGAGCCUAAAAGCGCAAUUUUAACCAUAGGAUGCAAAUUUUCUCUAUUCAACCCCUUCUCUCUUCCGACUGAGGACUACAGCUUUGUUUAGCAUAUCCUAAUAAUGUCUGGAUUCGUUCAUUCAGGUCGCACACAAAAUGAGCAGAACUCUGGGCUCUCAUUGCUAAGGGUCUCAACACCUCACGGAUCCUCAGGAGCUUGAUCCCAGAGACAGAUAACUAAAGGAGCGGAGACCUCAGUGGAACGGUUAGAGGUCGCUCUCUGUGCAGAAUCUAGAGGAUUCAUUUAUUCCAGGCUUUUGUGACCCAGAGUUCUGAGGAGAAAACCGGUUUUAAUUCCUUUCAAUUUGUAGAGCUUCCCUCCCACCCUAGGCAUUCUUCCUCUGCCUUUAGUUUUGCUACCCCAGAAAGGUAAUUUAUUUUGGUGCUUCAUUUGAAUGUACAUUUCCAGCUAUGCGAGAGGGCAUCGCGAGGUUUGUGUUACACCCGAACCUCAAAUUUUCUGUUGAAUAAUGGUUUCAUUUUCCAGCAAUUACACGGAGUUUUCUCUCUUCCCCUUCCCUUCAACUGUAUCUUUCCAAGGUCUGCACCUGCUGUUUUGAAAACCGUGCUGCAUCUGCUUAUUGCCAAAGUUGCUAGUACAAUGCCCCCACCGCCCUCGUGUUCAUCAACAGGGCGAAAGGACUGCUCUGUCACAUGAAGCCAUUGUUCUGUUUGCCAAACCGAAGGAAGCCUCUAUUUGGUGUCAUUCGCUCUGCCCUGAAGUGGGAAUGAUUAUCAUCUCCCACUGUAGUAGAGCCAUUUCAGACUUUAAGCCUGUAGGGCGUCUGCAUGUGAGAGCCUAACGGGAGAAGAUAAAACACUGCGUUUCUCUAGUACAAAUAGUACUUGUUUGCAAACUUAGCGUUGCUUUUUGCUCUCCCAAAUUAAGUAGAGCUAGAUGACCAAACUAUUUUUUUUCUGUAUGUUUCACUAUUUUUAGAACAGAUUCUUAUUUGAAAUAAAUCUACCCCCAAAUUUCAGAUGUCACAUCGGAGACCAAGACUUCUAACUUCUAUUUAUUUGUAUUUUCUUUCCAUAGGAAUGUUUAACUAUGAUGGGGGAAGGGGCAUUAGUCCUGCUAUUUUGAGAAAGAGACUUUAAAUAAGACUGGAAAGGGCCACCCAAUUGGACUACAAUUGCAAAGUAAUAGAGAAAUCAGAGAAAUAAGUGCAAUGUGUCACACAGCUCUGAAGAAGCCUGAUGCUUGUUUUAUUUUAAGAUAUUUGUAUUAAGGUGAAAUAUUCAUGCAUAAAAAUUGGCCUUCACUCUUCCUUGUGACAAUAAAGGAAUUUAAUAAGGCAAUGCUAUAAUAAACUAAG